CCCAAACUGGUUUUCCGCUGGACCCCAGAAGGCUCUCUCUCUUAGGAGACCCACGACCUGACCCACAAAGUUCCGCUGCGUGCCCUGGGAACUGCCAGCAGAUCCCAGCCUUGCCAGCUGUCUCCAGAUCCUGAGACCUGUGCCCCGACAGACAACAGACGCAGCCACAGCCCAGCCCGCCAUGGCCCAGUUGCUGAUGGUCACGGUAACCCUCGGUUGCAUCAGCCUCCUCUACCUGCUCCCGGGCACGUUGUCUGGCAGCCUGGGCAAGGGACUGAGACUCUCCAGACCUAGAGAGCCCCCAGCCAAGAUUCCUUCCAAUAGCCUGCAGCCUGAACACCCUUCACUUCGACCUGCAGCCUGGAAGCCUCGUCAUGCUCCCCAGCCACAGGGGAGGGGCAACCGGGCCCUUGCUAUGGUUCAUCUGCCUCAGGGUGGUGGCUCACGACACCCGGGUCCCCAGCGUCACAUGGGAUCCCGAAGACCCCAUGCCCAGCUCCUGCGGGUUGGCUGUGUACUGGGUACAUGCCAAGUCCAGAAUCUCAGCCAUCGCCUGUGGCAGCUUGUCCGGCCAGCUGGCCGGCGGGACUCGGCUCCUGUGGAUCCUAGCAGCCCCCACAGUUAUGGCUGAGGUGGGUCCUCGGUAUUCCACCUGGAGUGCUGUGCUCUGAUCCCAGAGCUGCAGCUGAGCUCCCCGCCCUGGCCCAAUUCUCUGGAGCUCCUGCUUGUAGCAGUUCCUCAUAAACCUAUGAGGAUAUGCGGAUCUAGGCUGUAGAAUCGGCACCGACAGGGGUCUGCACAUCACAGGACUGUGUACACUCAGGGUACAGGUGCUUGGAAGAAGUGAUGUUGGUAUGACAUACCACAAGGAACUUGAGGAGGCGUGCGCCUAAAGAGAUGGGCAAAAGCUAGAGUCUUAAACACAGCUCUACCUAUGGAGCAAGCAGGAGGAAGGCUGGAGCGGCCCCUGUGACCCCACCCCACCCUAACUCCACUGGGAAUUAAAGUCUGACUAUGGGCGAAA